AUGAAUGAACAUCUCAUGAUUAUGUUCUACGAUCUUCUGUUGCUGGACGACACGGUCUGCGCUAGAAAAAGCCAUGCUAAGCGGCGACGACUACUUCGGUCUCUGGUUCGCCGGAUCCCUGGUCUUGCCGAGGUCGGGUUCCGCGAAGUGGUUGCAUUCUCCUCAGCCAAUGCUGCUGAGCGGCUCACUGAACUAUUCGCACGAGCCAUUACACAACGGUGGGAGGGACUGGUGCUGAAAGGUUGCAACGACCCUUACUUCACCUCCGAUUGCGACAAGUCAUCCAUCAAACUCAAGAAAGACUACAUUCCAGGCCUCGGUGACUCUGCCGACUUCACUAUUGUCGGUGGCAACCAUAGCGCGGAGGACGAACAAGAGAUUGGAAUUGGCAAGCUCUGGUGGACGUCGUUUUUUAUCGGAUGCAUGGAAAAUAAAGAUGAGACCAUAUGCAAUAUCUCAACCGACAUGGAUAUUUCACACAAAUACCCUUCAUUGAGUCCACGCCAAAUUUUGACGUGGUCUUGGACCCCGACCGUGGACUACGCCCAAAGGCGUUAUUUCAGCAUCCAUUUAUAG